AUGGCCUCUGGACCAGCCACUCAGUCAUUGAAGUGUGUCGUUACUGGUGACGGUGCUGUUGGCAAGACAUGUCUCCUUAUUUCUUACACCACAAAUGCUUUCCCCGGAGAGUAUAUUCCUACUGUGUUCGACAACUACUCCGCCAGUGUAAUGGUUGAUGGCAAACCCAUUAGCCUUGGACUUUGGGAUACUGCUGGACAGGAAGACUAUGACAGACUACGUCCUUUAUCGUAUCCACAGACCGACGUUUUUCUCAUAUGCUUCUCUAUCGUUAGCCCACCAUCUUUCGAUAACGUCAAGGCGAAGUGGCACCCAGAAAUCGAACAUCACGCGCCCAAUGUCCCAAUAAUCCUUGUUGGGACCAAACUUGAUCUACGUGAGGAUAAGGCUACCGCUGAGAGUCUUCGUGCAAAGAAGAUGGAACCAGUUUCUUAUGAACAAGCCCUCGCUGUUGCCAAGGAGAUUAAAGCACAGAAAUACCUCGAAUGCUCCGCCCUCACGCAGCGAAAUCUGAAGAGUGUCUUUGAUGAAGCCAUCCGUGCGGUGCUGAAUCCGCGUCCCAUCGCGAAACCUAAAAAAUCCAAGUGCAGAAUCCUCUGA